CUUUUCAUUUCAUACAAUUUCUAUUUCUUUAUUCUCAUCCCCAUUUCGCCGAAUACAUUUCAAAGUCUUCAAUUUGUUCCCGCCUUCUGCACAGUUCAACUCAGACGAACUUCCUCUACACUCGCGUUAGAUUAAAAUAAACUGGAAACACGAUCUUUGGAAUUCAUUUAAUCUUGACAACUAAUAUCUACAGCAAUGUUGGACCACCCAAUCGAGGGGCAACUAGUGAGGACAAAUAUUGUCACCAUUCGUUUUGGCUCCCAUCUUCUUCAGUACUUCAGAUGUUGGACGUGUUGGUCACGUGUACACUUAUGUAAAUGAACGGCACAUCUAGCUGAUAGGGGGUGCGCUACAACAAAGACAGCUGCACCAGAUAAUAAAUGAGUUGGUUGUUUACAUGUUGCAUACAUAAAUAAUUAUGACAAGAGACAACAAUUCAUUCUUCGCAGUUUUCUUGCUGUACGUAUGAGUCAAUGGUGAGGGGGAGAACUCUGCUGGAUAUUUGAGUCUUGAAUAAAGUUAUCUUAGUGUCCAAUCUGGCAAGAAAGUCAAGUGUAUCAUGAUUCGUUUCCUUCUUGUGAUUUGUUUACUGGGCUGGACACAUCCGGCCAAAACAUCAGUCGCAAGUAACACAGCAGCAUCGAAACAUCAUGGGACAAGCAAAGACUUCAAAGAUAUUAAAUUGUGCAGAAUUUUUAAAUGUCUUUUUGUAGAGAUGGGUUGUGCAGACACACCACUUAAAAGUGACGACACUUUAUGUCGGGUUAACUUGUAUGAAAAUCUCAAAAAGGAUAAAGCGUGUCCAUGGAAACCUUGCCAAGGUUAUGACCAACCAGAAAAUCACUACUGCAUUGCCAAAAAUUCGUCUUGUCCUGAACUUGAGGUGCCUUAUGGACUUUGUGGUCAAAAUAUGCACUGCUGCUCAUCUCUUCUUUCCAUCCCGGAAACUCUACCACUGGUUCCGCAUGUUACAGACAGCUAUGAGCCACGCAGACCAGCCACCACCACAGCAAGACCACAGGUUGUAAGGCCCUCAGUAUCUCCCCAGAUAAUGCCUCCUGUGGCAGCUCAUGGAAGCGUGGCCUUGGAUUCUCCUAAAUGUUUGAUUCCAGAUUUUCCAAACAGAAGAUGUAUCAAAGGCGGCUUUUGUUCCUUUGACCCUGCGGUGAAGGUUCUUCCCCACCACGCGUGUCCUGACCGUGAGGAUCUGUGCUGUGAGACUUUGCUCUAAACCUGGUCAUGUUAGGAUUUGGUCAGACCAGUGAUAACAUCAAUGUCAAAGCUUCUGUAGAGGCCAUAAUGUGGAUUGUGUUGACCGUAAAUAUAACGUUAUAUAUGGCCACAGAACAGAUACCAAAUAAAAAAAGUGGUUUUGUUACAUUGUAGUUAUGUCAUCGUGGCGAUAACUUUGAACAUGAAAGUUUUGAUAAAAGUUGCACAUUUUCAAUGAAAGUCUGAUACUUUGGAGACUAUUGCUCUCGUUUUUGUUUCUUACUCUACUCUUUAUCAUUACUCCUCUUUAUCUUUAUCAAGCCUUUUAUUUAUUUGACGAAAACUAAAGUAGUAAAUCAUUUAGUCGAUGGACUCAUUUCAAAACAAAACCCCAAACUGUUUUGAGCUAUCUACGCUCUAGUUCGCACUUGCUUUUGUUCUUUUGGUGUAACUUCCAGACAAUAUACCCAACACCGUGUAACUUCCAGACAAUAUACCCAACAUCGUGUAACUUCCAGACAAUAUACCCAACACCGUGUAACUUCCAGACAAUGUACCCAACACCGUGUAACUUCCAGACAAUGUACCCAACACCAUGUAACUUCCAGACAAUAUACCCAACACCGUGUAACUUCCAGACAAUAUACCCAACACCGUGUAACUUCCAGACAAUAUACCCAACAUCGUGUAACUUCCAGACAAUAUACCCAACAUCGUGUAACUUCCAGACAAUGUACCCAACACCGUGUAACUUCCAGACAAUGUACCCAACAUCAUGUAACUUCCAGACAAUAUACCCAACAUCAUGUAACUUCCAGACAAUAUACCCAACACCGUGUAACUUCCAGACAAUGUACCCAACACCGUGUAACUUCCAGACAAUAUACCCAACACCGUGUAACUUCCAGACAAUAUACCCAACACCGUGUAACUUCCAGACAAUAUACCCAACACCGUGUAACUUCCAGACAAUGUACCCAACACCGUGUAACUUCCAGACAAUAUACCCAACAUCAUGUAACUUCCAGACAAUAUACCCAACACCGUGUAACUUCCAGACAAUAUACCCAACAUCAUGUAACUUCCAGACAAUAUACCCAACAUCAUGUAACUUCCAGACAAUAUACCCAACAUCAUGUAACUUCCAGACAAUAUACCCAACAUCAUGUAACUUCCAGACAAUAUACCCAACACCGUGUAACUUCCAGACAAUAUACCCAACAUCGUGUAACUUCCAGACAAUGUACCCAACACCGUGUAACUUCCAGACAAUAUACCCAACAUCGUGUAACCUCCAGACAAUAUACCCAACACCGUGUAACUUCCAGACAAUGUACCCAACACCGUGUAACUUCCAGACAAUGUACCCAACACCGUGUAACUUCCAGACAAUAUACCCAACACCGUGUAACUUCCAGACAAUAUACCCAACAUCGUGUAACUUCCAGACAAUGUACCCAACACCGUGUAACUUCCAGACAAUAUACCCAACAUCGUGUAACUUCCAGACAAUAUACCCAACAUCGUGUAACUUCCAGACAAUGUACCCAACAUCGUGUAACUUCCAGACAAUAUACCCAACAUCGUGUAACUUCCAGACAAUAUACCCAACAUCGUGUAACUUCCAGACAAUGUACCCAACAUCGUGUAACUUCCAGACAAUAUACCCAACAUCGUGUAACUUCCAGACAAUAUACCCAACAUCGUUUCUUUUUUAUUACUAAUUAAACGUUUUACACGAUACAUCUUAAAAAAAUAUUAUUUUUAUAAUUGUAAAAAUCGUUUGUUACUUUGUUAAAAAUGUUAAAGACUGACAGAAAAACGCAACACACACAUACAUGACAGAUUCUUUGAUACACAGACAUCUUUUUAACAAACACAUAAACACUUAUUUAACACAUUUGUUGGCCCUACACAUACAUGUAGUUGUCAAUAUGCAGCCUAUUUAAUACCAUCUGUAGAUAAGCACAUUCUAGACAUAAACAUUCACAAACACACAUCCACAAACAUGGAGCUUAAUUUAAUGAACACAGACAGACAGGCACGAAACACUUAUCAACAUAAACACACACACACACAUACAGCUAUUUAUUAAUUAAAUAUUUAUUCAAUAACACAUACACCACAAAAAUGUAUCUCUCAAAUACAAACAAAAACUCAAAAAAAACAAAACAAACUCUUGCCACAGUAGCACAAUAACCACUACUUACCAAUUAAUACUAAUGGCAAUGUCUUCGUAUCCGAAGAUUUAGAAUGAGUGCAGUUUUUCGAAUGGCUAAGCAAACUUAGUUAGCACAUGAAUAGACUAACACAUAUAUUUAAUUCACACAUACACCUACAUACAUUUACACGCACGUGCACAAACUAAAAUUUAAAAAUGAAAUUGCUAUUGUUGUAGUACGGUUCUUUUUGUCACGUCUUAAUGAGACCACUGCUUUGUCUAUGUCUCGGCACUAUUUUGUCGCAUCUUGACGUGACACUGCUUUGUAUAUAAAUUGUGACAUUGUGCAGUAUUUUAUUCUAUUUCACAUCUAGAUGUCACACUUUUAUUUCAUUUUUAGCGGCCCCCGUAAAUGGAAAAGCCGCUUUUUAGGUUUGUACAAAAUGUCCGUCUUUCCGUCUGUCAAACUCAGAUCUCGAAAACUAGAGAGAAAUGAAAAAUAUUUUUUCACCAUGCGAUGCUGCUGAAAAGCUUAGUUGCAACGGCUACUUUUGGUUUUCUAAAAGCGAACCGUUUAAUUUAUAAAAUUAAUUAUGCAAGCAAUUUGUUCAUAAAAAUACACCAAUUCUAAAACAAUUACGUAAAUGUAAGGCAGGCAAUGUUAACAAAGAACAAUUGUAUAUAUAUAUAUAUCUAUCUGCAGUAUCACUAAGUCAAAUAUAUUUUUAAAAUGUAUUAGAAUUGUUCACAACAAAUAUAAAUAUUAGUUAAAGGUGUUUUUUCUGGCCAACUAGCUGCUAAAAUAAAAUUAAAAGAUAACAUUUAUGUUUGUUUAUAAAGGCUAAAAAUGCACUUUGUAUGUAGAUAUCCCGCACAUUUUUUAAAAUGGACCUUUUAUGCAGCGACUUUCAUGCAGUAGCGUGACAAGCAUCUGCAAGACAUGGUACUAUCAGUUCCUUCAAAAUUUUAAGCAUAAUCAGAUUUUAUUUAUUUUUUGUUUAAUGCCCCCAUCAGAAUAAAAGAGGCUUAUUUGUGUGCGUUUUGUCGGUUGGUCGGUCUGUCCGUCACGUUUAAAUAAAAAAAAACAACAACUCUAUAAGCUAUUGAAAAUCUGAUUUACCCUUUAAUGUUUCUCCCGUAACAUCUCAAUAGUUUUAAGUAUCUAUAAUUGAUUGUUCCGGAUGUUUUUGUGAAAAACUUAUCAAUGCCAACGAAUGUUUGUUUUGCUCUUCUAACCUAUAUUACAUUUAAUUUCCAUGCUUAAACGUUGCAAAAACACAUUAUCAAUAAUAUGUUAUAGCAUAUAAAUGCUAAAUCAAAAUCUCUAUACUGAUUGACAGUAAAAAUGUUCUGGAUAUUGUUUUAUAAAAAAAUGAAUUAUGGCAAAUGAUUGUUUGAAAUCGCAUAAUUUACUAAUAUUACACUAAUAUUCUUUGACAAAUAAGUUACCAUAGUUUAAUUAUCGAUAUAUAUUAGUUCCGUAUUUUCAUCUUUAAACAAAUUUCAAAAAUGUCGACAAUAGGUUGUUCAGGAUUUUAAAUAAAGAAAGUAAUUUACUAGAAAUGAUUACUGAAAAUUACAUUUAAGACUUAUUUUACAUUUAAUUUUCUUGCUGAAGCAUAACAAAAGUUUUUUUAAUCAAUAAAGAAUGUUCCGGAUUUGUUUUGAAAAGAAAACGACCUACAUUACUUACAUUUUCUUACAAAUCGUCGCUAAAAAUUUCCGAAUUUUAUAUGAAAAAUCUACUAACGCCAAAUAACUGUUUGAAAUCUCCCUUCUAAUUAAUAACACAAAUAAUCUUCGCAUUUACGAAAAAAUGUUCCGGAUUUUUUAUGAAAAAUAUUUUAACUCUAUUGUUAUGUAAAAUCUCACUUCUCUCUUACAGUUUAUUUAAUUUUCUAGCUAAAACGUUACAAAAUCUAAUUAUCGUUAAUAUUAUGUUCCUAUUUUUAAGGAAAACAACUUGUAAACACCAAAGUAUGGUGUGAAAAUCUCUCCACAAGGCCACCCCAAAAACUUAAUUAACGGUAUAACAUUUAUCUGGAAUUCUCUUUUAUAGAAACAUCCGGAACAAUCUAUUAUACUGAAAACUAUUGCGAUGUUUCGAAUCGAAAAUUAAAGGUUAAUCAAAUUUUCAAUAAUUUUUAGUUGUUUUUUUUAUAUUAACAUGACAGAAAGACAAAACGCACAAAAAAAAUGCGGCUUUAAUCCUCUUUAAAUUAAUUCUAUUAGAACUCCGUGCACCAAUGUCGUUAAAUAUCUCGUGUUAAUAAUGACAGUUUUUGGUACUUUUUAAGUCUAACUAGGCCGUGUGACGUAGUGGAUUUUUUUUCCUUUGACGUCGUGUGGAAUUAAUUCUUUAAAUGAAAUGCUAAAAAAACUCACUCGGUGCACCAAUGUCUAUGAACACUCGAUAACUGGCUCGUAUAGAUGAAGGCAUCUUUUGUCUAACUAGGCCGUGUGACGUAGUGUUUUUUUUUUCCUUAGACGUCAUAUGGAAUAAUUUCUUUGAAUGAAAUGCUAAAUCAACUCGGUAUAGUAAUAUUUAUAAAACCUCGUUAUCUGACUCGUCUUUUAAAAAGACAUAAUAGCUAAAUUAAGAUCUUAUCUAGAUUUUUAAAACUAAAUCUAGAUUUUUUUACAGUAUAUCUAGAUUUUUUUACAGUAUAUCUAGAUUUUUUAAACUAGAUAUAUAUUUUUAUUGUAAUUAAAAUCAUCCUAGGUCUAGUUUAAAAUGAUAUAGACUAGAUCAAGAUAUAGAAUUUCAAUUUCUAGAAUUAAAGUUUAGAUUUUGAUUUCCAAACGUCUAGAUCAAUAUUGCAAUCUUGCAAUGUUAUAGCCUAAUAUACUAAAACUAAUCUAUUUUGUUUUUAGUUUUUUUACCAGUUAGUUACCUGGUCGUGCGGUUAGCGUGCUGGACUGAUUAUCUCGACGGUCCCGGGUUCAUAUCCAGCUUGCUGCCAUCCCCCGUCGUCCAGCGGGAGGUUUGGACAAGGAAGUUAAUUAUCUUUAAUUUUGAAAAAACAUCCGAAACAUGUAAGACAGAAAAAAAAAAUUUACAACGGCAAAUAAAUAUUUGAAACAUUAUUACUUUUGACAAUCAAAAUAAAAUCACGUCUUGAAUAUUCCUUUCGAAUAGGCGGAUCCGAAGGGGGCUGUAAUCUUGUUUUUAUUUUAUUUCACGUCUUGGAUGUCAUUUACUGUUGUCUUUAUACAAGAAAAUGUAUGGUACUUUAGUCUGUACCACGUCUAGCAGUGACUAUGUGCAGUACUUUAGUGCAUGUCACGUCUAGCAGUGACAAUGUGCAGUACUUAAGUGCUUGUCACGUCUAGCAGUGACAAUGUGCAGUACUUAAGUGCUUGUCACGUCUAGCAGUGACAAUGUAUAAUACUUUUAUUGAAAAAUCUAUUUGUUAUGUUUUUCAUUGUGGAGUUUUUCUUGCAUUACUAUUUGUUGAAAUUUGUUGUCAAAAAUAUUAAUUAAUAAUUACUUAAUUAGUUAAAGUUAUAAUUGUAUACGUGCUUAUUAUCUGUGCGAACUGGUCAAACAGACAGACAAGAAAAAAUAUUUGAAAUAUUGAAUUUCAUGUUGAAAUAAAACUUGUC